UUCUAUUAUUAAGUACGGCUAGUACUAUGGUUAUGUGUUUGGAUUAUUUCAAACAGGAGAGUUUGAAUGCUUUUGAAUCUAUUGUAUUAAUUUUACUUUCUACUUGCAGUAUGCUUUUUAUGAUCUCGGCUUAUGAUUUAAUUGCCAUGUAUUUAGCUAUUGAGCUUCAAAGUUUAUGUUUUUAUGUGAUCGCAACAUCAAAAAGAGACUCUGAAUUUUCCACAGAAGCCGGCUUAGAAUAUUUUAUUUUAGGUGCUUUCUCCUCUGGAAUAUUAUUGUUUGGUUGUUCUAUGAUUUAUGGGUUUACUGGAGUUACCAACUUUGAGGAAUUAGCUAAGAUUUCCACUGGAUAUGAAAUCACUUUGUUCGGUGCUCAAUCUAGUGGUAUCUUUAUUGGAAUUUUAUUUAUCGCUGUAGGUUUUUUAUUUAAGAUCACUGCAGUUCCUUUUCGGGCGGCCGGGCCCAAAAACUUAUCAGUUUUUGGAAAAAUAUAG